AUGGAGGAGCUCAAACCGCUUUUGUCCGGCAUGAAGAUCACGGUGACGCCCGCCACUGGCGCUGUCACCUGUGCGAAACCGGAUCUAGCGGCCAGGUUGCUGUCGGCGCCGUUCAGCCUGCGGCCCAACCCCGAGCUGAUGGCUCACCCUCAGCUGGAGGAUUUCCUGAUAGACACCUACAAGAUCCACGUGUGGAGGCCGGAGUACACCUACAAGCCCUUCUACAAGGGCGGGCCCCUGGUGUGCCCGGCGUGUGGCAGCAGCGGCGGGAACACAUGUGGCGGCAAGGGCGGGAGCAUCGAGUCGCACGAGUGGGGCCGGACGCUGCGCCGGGUCGUCUCAGUGGCGGACACCUUCUGGGUCGUCGGCUUCCGCUACGUCCACAAGCGGUGCCCUGCGGCCAAGGACAAGUCCUCCUAUUUCAGCACCCUGGACGACAGGUUCCUGGAGCUCAACUUUGAUCCCCUGGUGAAAGAGAAGCUGCCGGUCCUCCACCUCGGCGAGAAGGUUGGGUUUUCCCCGGAGCUGGGCGACGAGCUGGUGGCGAUGCGCGGCGGCAUGGGCGUGCCCUUUGCAGCGCUUUCAAAGCGCCUCAGCGAGCGCCGCGUUGAGCUGUACAACACAUGUGUACUACGGCACCUGAGGUUCUAUGACGCUCGGCGCCGCAAGCACGAUGCCAUCGUGGAGGCCAAGCGGCGCCUCGCUCCACUGUCAGCUGGACCCCCGCCGCCGCCGCAGCAGCAGCAGCAGCAGCAGCAGCAGCAGCAGCAGCAGCAGCAGCAACAGCAGCCACCGCAGCAGAAGCAGCAACAGCAGCAGCAACAGCAGCAGCAGCAGAAGCAUGGGUCCCCAAUGGUGCACUUUGUCAAAAGCGUUGCAGGUGGCCUUAUCAACAGCGUCAACAUCAAGGCCAAAAUGAGCUGGCAGCAGCUUGGCCUGGGCUACAACACAAGCAGCAGCAAGGGCAGCGGCAAGGGCGGCAGCGGCGUCCGUGGAGGCGGCGACCGCAUGGGAAACCACAUGGCGGCAGCAGCUUGA